ACGUCUGCGCGAGUGACGUUGCUUUGAAUCAGCUGUUGAUGGCCGCUUUAAUAGAGCAGUUUUGAAGUUUUAAUAAUCACCAUGGCGGCAAAUAAAGCUGUCACAGUUCUUGCGCCGAAUGGUCGCCGGCAGAAUGUGAAGGUUACGAUCAACACGACGAUCUUACAGAUUCUGGAGGAAGUAUGUCAGAAGCAAGGUUUCAACGCCGACGAUUAUGACAUAAAACACAAUCGUCAGAUACUAGAUCCUAACACGAUAUUUCGCUUUACUGGUUUACCAAAUAACGCUCAACUAGAGAUGGUAGCCUGCGCAAAGACGCGUUCAAUAUCGAAUGUCACAAUUGGCAUUCAACCAGAGGAGGGAGAGAGAAUAAUGCGCGAAUUUCCGCCUAAAACAACGUUAGCUCAAGCAUUGUUAGAAGUAUAUCCCGAUUCGGAUCUUGAGAGAGCUGUAUUAAUCUACAUGCAUCGAGAAAUAUGCGGGAGAGAAGCAUUAGAAAAGACAACAUUGAAGACAUUAGGCCUCAAUAGUGGAAAGGCAAUAUUGCGAUUGAUGUAUCGCGAUCCCGCACAAUUAAAAACUCAAGCACAUGUAUCUAGCAUUUUGCACCCAAAGUCAGCAGCGAUGGAUAAAACAUCAAGCAAUUGUCCCGAAAGAGUGCCAUCAUCCAUACCCCAAUGUAGUAAGACGCUGGACGAUUCAUCAAUAAAUAUAUCAAAAGUAGAAAAGUCUGAAGCAAAGAUUGAUGAAAAAGAUAAGAAAAUAAAUGUGCCUGAUAAUAAAGAACAAGAAAAGGAUAUAUGUAUAAUGGAAAAAAGUCAUGCCGCUGCAUCUAGUCAGAAAGAGAAUCAUGAGACUAGAAGAGAUCAGUGCAAUGUAGAGGCGAAUACAAAAGUCCAGGAAGAUGUGUACGAAGUGAAGUUUUUAGGGGAGAGAAAUGCUUUGGUAUUUAAUCAAGCUGGGACUCAGGCAUUGCCCAAGGACGAACUGCCGGAUAACUUCUACGAACUCGAUUUGCACGACGCGAAGACUCUGUUGCGAGAUGCUAAGCGUCGCAGGGAACAAUUCGAGGACGCUCCGCUUCUGACAGAGGCGCAGCGUCAGCUGGAUCAAGAUAAGCGCACUUUGGACCGAUUGAAUAAGUAUCGGCGUACUGUAAUUCGUAUACAGUUCCCCGAUCAAUUUGUUCUUCAGGGCUUGUUCGGACCGUUAGAGACCGUUAAAACUGUGAAGAACUUUAUCAAGGAUUAUUUGGACGAUCCAAAUUGUGAAUUUGUUAUCUACACUAGCCCGCCAAAGCAUAUCCUAGAUCCUGACGCGCGAUUAAUAGAUGAAAAUCUUGUUCCCUCGGCUAUCGUUUAUUAUUCCGGUCAAUCGUCGCUCAGGAGGAAUGUAAAAACGAAAUUGACAGAUCCUAGAGCUGCUGGGAUCGAAGCUAUAAGAUCUAGAACCGCUACGAUGCGAAAAGAACAAGAUACAGCAACUGGAGAUGAUAGAGGCACAGUUAUCGAGAGCAGGAGCAAUCAUGUUACUCCGGGACCAAGUGGUACUGGUAAAUCAUCAUCGUCAUCGUCAUCGUCAUCGUCAUCGUCAACAGCUCGGAAUGAAAACAGGACACCAAAAUGGUUCAAACAGGCAGGUCCCAAAUAAUUAUUAAUUAUUUUGCCAAUAGCACCGAGAAAAAGAGUUGGUUUUUCAAAUUGUAAUAUAUAUAAAUAAUAUUCUAUACGGGAUUUUUUUAUGCAAAUUACUAGUGUACGCGCAUGUAUGGUGUGAACAUGUAUGUGGAUACAUGUUUCGUCCUUACAGCAAAUUUAAAAUAUACAAAUCUGUACACAACAAAU